AUUCAUCAAUCUAUGUAUAUAGGUAGUCUGUGAUUUUCAAAGGUUUGUUGACAUCGCUGUGGUAAAUGCUAAUUGCGCAAUAGAAAAAGUCAAUACAACAAGUUAACAAUAGCCAAUACCGAAAUACUUGAAAAAAUUAAAUAACAGAGUAACUACAAUCUACCUAAUACUAUCGAGUGCUUUGCAAGAUGUCCGAUUAUUCGUUCAUGGACAGAAUACGUUCGUUUUUGGGUAUACGACCUGAACCUCCAAGAAACGAUUUUCGCAAUCCAAUUUGGGGAUCCGACGACGACGACGACGUCGACGAACUAUACACCAGAGAGCAACAAAUAGAUAUUUACAAUGAUCCAUUAGGUUUUCAACGGGAAUUCGCCAAACAUAUGCAGGAUAUGUUUACUACUUUCGGCAGCGUAUUUGGUGAUAUGAAAAACUUCUUGAGUCAAGGCGACCUGGACUCCUUUGGAGCUAUCACUGACUUCCCGUCAACAGAGAAUGAAACCGAAAACUUUGAUAGCAAUCGCAUUCGAGAUUACUAUUUGAAACCUGGAUAUCAUGACAAAUAUGAUUACCCACAGCAAGACACAGAUCUGGACGGUAAGAUUUCUUCUAACGAAAUAUCAGGAUUAUUAGAAAAGAAAGGUGAUGGGCAAAUUAUUUCCAAGACUCCGUUUAGUGGUACCAUUAUUCCUGGAAAAUCAUUUUGCCAAACAAUAAUUACAACAAGUAUUACUAAACCGGACGGUACAAUAGAGACACGCAGGAUUGUUAAAAAAGGUAAUGAAGUUAUCGAAGAGACUACGACAACCACAGACCCAGAAACUAGGAAUCCCUACAACCCUGGUUUAAAUCCGAUUCAAACAACUCACUUGAUGCUGUCGCAGCUUUCAUCAUUUUUGAGAAACUUUUAUUGAAAUUUUAAUAUACUUUAUCUCAACCGCAACUUGUAGCUUAUAAGCCCAUAAUUUAUUACUUGAUGUGAUAGUUAGUUUUAAAGAAUAUUUGUUUCUCUUUAGACAAUGUUUCAAAUAGAUAGAAUUUGAUCUCUAUGUAACUUUCUAUAUUGUGUUAACCAGUACAAAGAAAUUAACUACUACAAGUAUGUGAUUCAAAAUGUUAGUAUUAAACAGUACAAUAAAUAAA